UCGGCCGUCUCCGAGCGCCCUCCGCCGGUCACCGUAACCUCGGCCGGGCCCACGAGGCCUCCCCGGCCGCCCCGGGCCCCGUGGGCGGGGGCUGGGCCGGCCGCCUCCCGCCCAGCCGGGGCUCCCCGCACAGCUUCCUUCGGCGCCGCUCCCGCCUCCCGCGGCCGGCGGCAGCACCGGGGCUCGGGACGUGGCCCCGCAGCCCGCGAGCAGCGUCCCUGGCGGCAGACGGGCGCGGGGCCGCGCCGCCAUGGGCGCCGCUCGCCUCUACCAGCGGCGGCUGCUGCUGCUGCUGCUGGCCUGGGCGCUCUGCUUCGCCGGGGGGCUCCGCUCCGCGCAGCGGCGCUGGCCGGUGCCUUACAGGCGCUUUGAUUACCGUCCAAAAACUGAUCCUUACUGCCAAGCUCGUUAUACUUUCUGUCCCACUGGCUCUGCCAUUCCACUUAUGAAAGAGAAGGAUGUCAUUGAAGUGUAUCGAUUACAGGCUCCAGUGUGGGAAUUCAAAUAUGGUGACCUACUUGGACAUUUGAAAAUUAUGCAUGAUGCUGUGGGUUUCAGGAGCUCUCUAACUGGCAAAAACUACACAAUGGAGUGGUAUGAACUCUUCCAGCUUGGGAACUGCACAUUUCCACAUCUCCGGCCUGGCAUGGAUGCACCAUUUUGGUGUAACCAGGGAGCUGCCUGCUUUUAUGAAGGAAUAGACGAUGCACACUGGAAGGAAAAUGGAACUUUGGUUCUCGUGACCACAGUAUCAGGAACCAUGUUUAAUGAAAUGGCAAAAUGGGUGAAAUAUGACAAUGAGACUGGCAUUUAUUAUGAGACCUGGACAGUUCAAGCAAGUCCUGACAAACAAUCAGUAGUAUGGUUUGACUCUUACGAAUGCUCUAAAUUUAUACUGAGAACAUACCAGAAGCUGGCUGACUUAGGAGCUGUAUUUAAUAAGAUACAAACAAACUAUACCAGCAUAAUUUUAUUCAGUGGUGAACCCAUUUAUUUGGGAAAUGAAACAUCUAUUUUUGGACCUCUAGGAAACAAGACAUUGGCUGCAGCUAUAAGAGACUUCUAUUAUCCAUUCAAACCUCAUCAGACAAUUAGAGAGUUCUUUGUGGAUCUCUUAAAAAUAAUUGAUCGUGUCAUCUUGGAUCAUCAGUUUUACCUCUUUUACAACUUGGAAUACUGGUUUUUACCUAUGAAAUCCCCUUAUCUCAAAAUAAUUUAUGAAGAAGUCCCUUUACCUAAUGGAAGCAAAACAUCCUUUGGUUUAUAAUUAAUUACUUACUUGAGACCAACCUUACCCAUUCACCAGGAUGUGCUUCAAAAUUUUGGAGCAUCACUGUGAUGUUAUUAAAAUGUUGUUUACUUCACUACUAGUUGUAAAAGUUGCUUUGGGAAGGCUUUGCUGGACCAGGUGAAAGAAUAUGACUUUUUUCUUGUCAGCUGCCAAAAGUCCCUGAAUGCUUGACAAUCUUUGACUUGGCCAGCCUCCAUGCAGCCACGGUCACUGGACAUCGGAGGGUCAUCUGAUGUGGCUACAACUCCUGACUGAGCACACCGGGAGGGUGAAGGAGAGGCAACCCACCUGCCCUGCUCUCAGGAGCUCUCUACAGCAAUGGCUUUAUGGGAACAGAUGGCUACUGAGAGCAAUGGGAUACAAGGACUCAAAGGACCUUUCGGUCUGACCAACUCAGCUGUCCAUGUGCAGGAGCUAACAAGCAUGAGUGCCUAGAUGUGCUCAGUUCCCUCAACAUGUGCCAUAGCUCUGUUUCUUUGGUCUGUUGAGUAGGACUGUGAACUGUUCUCCGAUUCAUAACAUAGCUGCUUGGCAGGGUGGAGAGGGGCAAGUGAAUUUAUUAGAAGAUGGUAUGAGUGUCACCUUGUCACCACUUUGCUUCCCUCAUCUGCAGUGUAAACUUAAUACAGACAGCUCUUCCUUCAA